GUCUGUCGAGCCGCCUGGUCUAAGAGGUAGUGUGACAACGAUACCAGCCUCGAGUUCUCUACGCUAGCAAAGACUGAAGAACGACACUUCUAUUUUGAUAACGUCAAUCUCUUCAUCGAUCUCCUGCACUUGGCCGCAUUACAUAUAUCAGCCUCGCAUAUCACAUUGCCAACGGCACUCCCUCAUCCUUGAGAUUUAUCACAAUCAGUCAUCAUGCUCUUCUCCGCGAUCACUACGGCAUUUCUCUUUGCCGCAUCUGCCACUGCAGCUGCCCUACCAAGACCUGGCAAACCGCAACAAUACACUCCUGCCCGUAAUCUCAACAACCUUGCCAAACUCUUUCCUCAGAGCACUCUCCAAGCCCCAGGCGAUUUGGAUCUCAAGUACGUUGUGCUCGGCAUCGGCACACAAAACUACACUUGCGGUUCUGAUGAGAGCGCGGCUCCUGGUACUACUGGCGCAUUUGCCACCCUAUACGACAUCGGCACGAAGCUUAACAACGACGGACUGGCCAAGUGGAAGAUUGGCUCGAUCUCCCCUCUUGCACUCUCACUGAACGAAUGGGCUCCCGGACUGGUGGACAUGAGCCUCCGUCUCCAAGGCUACGAACACAUCACGGGCCAUCACUUCUUCGCCGAUGUAGAAGGAGCGAACACGCCAACAUUCGCCUUCGACAGACUGAGCACGCCGUUCCCCAUGGCCCAAGUGGCCAAGAAAGGCAAUGUUGCUGCACCAGCGAAUGCGUGCCCGGGCAAGAACGGUCUCCCUGCCGUCGACUGGCUAUACCUACAACACGUCACUGGUAUUACCCAAGGCGGAAUCAACACCGUCUACCGUGUCGAGACUGCUGGUGGUAACAAGCCUGCCACUUGCAAAGGCAUGCCAGCCACAUGGGAAGUCAAGUACGCUGCGCAAUACUGGGUUUACGGUCCCAAGUAAUAAGCGCCGAGCUUGCGACGCUCGUUUCGAGUCAGUUACGAACACUACCAUUUUCUCAUGCCUUCUACAGUCUUUCCAUAA